UGUCCUUAGUUAGCGCCGUGGGUUUGGGUUGAACGAUCCAGUAGAUACGGGACAAUUAAAGUUUGGGGAUAAGUAGGGGGUGAUCCUAAACUUUCUUUACCCCAGCCUUUUCAAAAGACUGAAACGUUGCUUGUUAUCGGCGUGGAGAGCGGCGUCUGUUGCUAAAUCGUUACUUUCAUGAAGGUCUUCUCACAAAUAUGCGAAAACGCGAUGGCAGUCGGGUUUUUUGGCACGUCAGCCCUUGCGAGCGCCGGUUGUAAAGAAUUGUGCCUUGUUGUGCCCCCCUCCCCUGCCGCCCCGCCCCCCCGCUCCGUGCCGCACUGGUUCCGUCUGGCUCGCCCUCAGCUGCUGCGUGUCCUGGGAUGACCUGUUGAUGUCGGUAGAAUGGAGAAUGGCAGGGGGAGCGAUUUCCCCCAUCACCAAAAAAUUUAAAUAAGCAACAUUUUGGGCUUGACAACCGGCGUCGCCGCACCGCUACCUCGUCCACACAGGCAACCCUUUGGUGGUGUGCGUAGGCGCACCAUGGCCCAGACCCUGCAGAUGGCGAUCCCAAACUUUGGCAACAAUGUUUUAGAGUGUCUGAAUGAGCAGCGGCUGCAGGGCCUCUACUGUGACGUCUCGGUGGUGGUCAAGGGGCAUGCCUUCAAGGCCCAUCGAGCUGUGCUGGCUGCUAGCAGUUCAUAUUUUCGGGACCUUUUCAGUGGCAGCAGCAAUAAUGGAGGUGCUAGCAACAAUGAGACGAGCCCGACAGUAGUGGAGCUUCCACCAGCUGUGCAGCCCCAGAGCUUCCAGCAGAUUCUAUCCUUCUGUUACACAGGCCGUCUCAGCAUGACAGUGGGGGACCAGUUUCUCCUCAUGUAUACUGCCGGCUUCCUGCAGAUCCAACAGAUCAUGGAAAAAGGCACCGAAUUCUUCCUCAAGGUCUCCUCCCCCAGCUGCGACUCCCAGGGUCUUCACGCAGAGGAGGCCCCACCUUCUGAGCCCCAAAGCCCCGUAACACAGACCAGUAAUAGUGCAGGCCGGCCCGCCUCCUGCUUGACGCCGCUCCCCUUGGUAUCACGAGUGAAGACAGAGCAGCCAGCUAGCCAACCGGAAGCAGCCACUCCGUAUUCGGUGGUCUGCACUCCUGUAGCCAAGCGGCUGUGGGAGGGUGGCAGCAGCCGAGACGGAGGUGGAGCAGGUUCAGGGGGCGGAGGGGGGGCCAGGAAGGCGGCCCGUUAUUCCCAGGAGGCAGUGCGGGGCAGUGCCAUCCAGAGCCCUGGAGCCCUCGGACUGGCCAUGGGUAUGGGGACCACAGCUACCAGCAUGGCGGGCAUGGUGGUUGGUGGUGGGCUUAGUGGCAGUGUCGGCACCAAUGGAAGCUCUGCAGCAGGUCUCGGUGUGUCAGAGGGCGCCAGCCCCGGCACCCUAAGCACCUAUGCCAGUGACUCACCUAUCAGCUACCAUGAUGACGAAGAAGAGGAAGAGGGGACAGAUGAAUGUGCAGAGGAGCAGUACAGGCAAAUCUGCAACAUGUAUACCAUGUACAGCAUGCUCAACAUGGGAGCUGCAGCAGCUGGCGAGCGGGUGGAGGCUUUACCAGACCACACAGAGACACGGGGUCGGAUGCGAGGCCGAGACCUUACAUGUCUCCCUGCAGAACUCAUCGCUCAGAUAGGCAACCGCUGUCACCCCAAACUGUACGAGGAAGGAGACCCUGCUGAGAAACUAGAGUUAGUCUCAGGUACUUCUGUGUAUAUAUCGCGAGCCCAGCUAAUGAACUGUCACGUGAGCGCAGGGACCAGACACAAGGUGCUGCUGAGGAGGCUGCUGGCUGCCUUCUUUGACAGGAAUACUCUGGCCAACAGCUGUGGAACAGGAAUCCGCUCGUCCACCAAUGACCCGAGCCGCAAGCCCCUGGACAACAGAGUACUGCAUGCAGUCAAAUUUUAUUGCCAGAACUUUGCCACCAGCUUCAAAGAGAGCGAGAUGAACGCCAUCGCAGCCGACAUGUGCACCAAUGCCCGGCGUGUGGUCCGCAAGAGCUGGAUCCCCAAGCUGAAGCUACUGAUGGCCGACAGCGAUGCCUACACCUCUUUCCUUCCCGACGGCGUCAAGGCGGAGGACGACGCACUGGGAGGCGAUCCGGCAUUCGACCCCGCCACUCUGGAGGCCGCUGGCGGUGCCGGCAUGGAGUCAGGUGGCUCUUCAGGUGAAUCACUACCAGGUGUGGGCGGGGAUGGAGGACCAUUAUUUUGAACAUUGUGUCCGGGGAAGGUUGAAAUUUGGUGACACACAUACAAGUAUUCCCCAGUUCUGCUUGCCUCCUCACUCUUUGGCCCACGCUGAUCUCUUACAUCUGACUGUCUAUACUACACUGCAAGGGUCGACAGCUGUUGACCUGAUGUAACCAGGACGUGAAAAUUUAAAUUUUUGCUUCAUGACUGUACAAUGGAGUUAGUAGAGAAAAGGGAGAGAGUAAGAGGGUGUUUAGUUUUCUCCUAACUGCCCUCUGCCUCCCCUUGUCUUUUUAAGGUGUGUAAGUGCAUCCACUGUUGCAUAUUAAAUACAUUCCCUGAAGUGCAGGUGGUGGGGGGAGCUGAUAGUGCAGCCUGAGGAGGAAGGGACGGCUGGAUGGAGAGGCAGGGAGGAGAGGUGGCGAGUAUAUUGAAUGUAAGUGUCAGUGGCAUUUUUCUCUAUGCAAGCCUGACAACUUGUGUUCCAGCCUCAGAAAAAAAGGAACUACCAGUAAAAUUUAAAACAGAUACAUUAUUAAAAUGAAUUAACACUACCUGUUCUUCCUCCCCUUGCAUAUUCCACUCAUCGCCCUGCAAGUACUCUUCCAUCCCACCUCACCUUUCUUGAGACCAGAGAAAAUCUCUCUCCACCUGAGUGUUUCACUCUGCGGUGUCUUAUAUAAAUAUAUCUCAUCUUUCUCUGUUUUCUAUAUUUUUAGCAUGUUUAAACGGAAAAGUGAUCCAGAAAGAAGGGGGGAAGCUUUUUACUGAGAUGAUUGUAAAGAAAUUUUAAGGACAACAGGUAAUCAAAAGAUGGUCAUAUUUUUAGAAGACAAACUAUAUUUAUACAAGUGCCCACGCCUAGAAUGGUGUGAGCAGAGAGAGUGGGAGGGAUUGUUUUAAAAAUCUUCAUGUUUUAUUGAAAGAGGUCUUGACAAAUAAGGAAAAGUGCUAUUUUUGCAGAAAAAAGGAGUAUAAUAAAGCAGUCUUAUCAUAGGACCCACAGUCAUUUAUUUUUAUCUUUAUUUUACAGUGCAGAGUGAUGGAAUGAGCAGUUGAACUGCUAAAUUUGAAGCAUUUCAUCUUCUGUUCACUAACUUAGAAGGAAUAAUAAGACUGAUUCAGCUGGCUUGACUGUUGUCUAUAAUAACCAUUUCUUGUAAGGUUGUGAACGUUUGCCUCCUUCGAUAAAACAUUUGCCCACAAUUCUGACAAUUACUUGUAGAAAUGUAAAGGUUUUAUUGGUCUGAACACUCAGCUAGUUUCUUCUUUGUACUGAAAUUAAUAAAAAUGAAAAAAAACCUGCCGGCAUUUUGUGCAAGUGCAAAAGCCACAGGAAAUAUUUAUGGAAUAUUGGAACGUGCCUUUUAAUUGAAAUUGAUAAACUUUAGUCUGGUGGGUACAGUGAUGUCAAGGAGGCAAUAUUGCUUUAAGCAAAUAGGUUUCAUGGUAUUAUCCAUGUGUGUGUAAAGAAGGAGAGUCUGUAUUGCACGGCUGUUUGUUUUGGUAUGUGGUUUAUUCAUGUAUCUAAUGUAUUUCCAUGUUGUAGAACCGCCUCUUUAAUAUGGAAAUUCAAAAUGCCUGAUGACAGUUUUAUUUUGGAGUUUAUUUUGGAGUUUGCACCUUCCAUAAGAGGUAGAGUGGAGGUUUUAGCACCUUAAUGAGAAGAACCAGUGGUUCAUGCACCUUUUUGAGAAAUGUUGUGUAGCAAUUGAACCUCUUUAGGUGGAAUUUGUCUUUUUUUUUCUCCAUGUCUGCCUGUGUUUCUUGUGUAGAAGUGGCACAAACUCCUACUGUAAAUAAUCAAGAAGACUGUUGAGUUAAAACCCAAGUGUUCUUCCUUUCUGUUGCUGGAGGAGUUCGGUUACGAUGAAAUGUCAACAACUGACCUUUUUAUGUGUAAGUUUGUGUUUGCUAGAAACCCUUUUUGAAAGCAUGUUGAUCUGCCUGCGGAUCAGAGGUCAGCACAGGGGAUUCAUUAUUCCUGUUGCAGGUGGAUAAAAGUGAAAAUGGUCUGACAGAGGAAUGUGUUCUUAUACUGUUUGUAGGAAAACCUGAAAUGCUUUCACAGGCAACUGACUACUUUCUCUAAUUGGAAAAAGCAUUCUUAAAAGGCAGUCGAAUCAAUCUCAUAGAAAAAAUAGCCAGAUCAUGAUGGAUAUAGCUCUUCCUAUUUUCAUCAUUGUUUAAAAGUACAAGGAUGAGUUUACUUAAAGGACCAAUGUUAAGGCUUUAGUGGCAUCUAGCAGUGAGGUUGCAGAUUGCAACCAACUGAAUACCCCUCCCCUCACCCUCCCGUUCCAACUGUGUAGAACCUACAGUGGCUCAUGAAAAAUGCUAAAGGCCCUCUCUAGAGCCAGUGUUUCGUUUGUCCGUUCUGUACUACUGUAGAAACAUGGCGGGCUCCAUGGAAG